AUGAUUUCACCAAAAUACUCAUCAACUCAUUACUAUCAUUCUGUUAAAACACUAGCAAACCCUCCAACAGCACCAAAUAUUGUGAACUUAUAUCUUGAUCACAAUUGCGUAUUUAGUGCUAAGCUUUUUCUCAAGUUAAAGAGCCAAGUCAUCCCAAAGCUUCAAGAGAAGCAUCCUAACAAGUUCCAAUUUGUUUACGUUAACGUGGUUCAACCAUGGCAUCCCAAUUCCACCUUCUUGAAUGAAUUUUCAUUGGUGGUGGCUAAAUUGUUAAGAGAGAAAGCUUCACUGGACUCCAAUGUGAAGUUUUGGAACGUUUCCGAGAUAAUAUUUAGCAAUAAGGAGCAUUUCUUUGACACAGCUAAUGUCACGUUGAACCGUAAUGAAAUAUAUAAUCAAAUCUCUGAUUUGGUAUUUGAUAAGAUCGAUUUACCAUUUAGUAAGGAAGACGUAUUGAGUGAAUUGACUUUCCGUCCACAGAAGGAGAUUUCGAAGCAAACCAACAAUGGCAAUGGUGCCACUGUCGACCUUAAGUAUUUCACACGGUACUUGAGAGUUGUGGGAAUCCAUAUAACUCCCACAGUUAGUGUAAAUGGAAUAGUUAAUGAUUCAAUUUCUAGUGGUAGCGAACCAGAUGAGCUUAUCAAGAUAUUCGAGAGUCUGUUGUAG